UGUUUAUAUAACGGGGAGGCGACGACGAUUGAGAUUUGUUUUUGUCUUCGUGGAUGCGAGUUUACAGGAACGUGAUGCUGAAGCUUGUUGUUUUCACGGUUCUUGCGGGCGUUUUCGCCGUCGGGCUGGGGGGUUUAGUGGGGGGCCCCAGCGAUGUGGACGUCAACGACGCAGGGGUGCAAAAUGCGCUCAACUUCGCCGUCGUCCAACACAACAGGGGCACCAACGAUCUGUACCUCAGCCAAGUGGCACAAGUGGUGAAGGCUGAGAGGCAGGUGGUUGCUGGUAUGAAGUACUUCAUAACCGUGAGACUGGCAAAGAGCACGUGCAAAAAGAACAGCACCAAUGAAGUGUGCUCCAUCCACACAGACCCAGAGAAGGCCCGGCCCUACCAGUGCAAGUUUACAGUGUGGAGCCGCCCAUGGAUAAGUGACAUCCAGCUGGUGGAAGAGAGAUGCUAGAGAAAGAAACUACGUGGGAAAUCGCUUGGAUUUGGCUUUGCUUUUCAGAAUAACUUUAACUCAGAUUGAAAUGUAUCUUCCUGUAGGUGAACCACAGACGUUUUGACAUUUUUAUGAUUUUACAGCCUAUGCUACGUCACUGUACGCUAAAUUGAGUAAACAUGUUUGAAACUGAAAAUAUGCUGCGUAGGAAUGCAACGUAGAGCUCUACUGACCUUUAGAUCAGCAACUUUAUAACGCCUAAGCACUAAACCAAGCAAAUAACAAGCUACUUUAUAUUGACUUGUUGAUUAACCUAUUAAAAACCACGGUUUUAAAAUAAAAGUCAAACUGAAGCUGUGAGCUUUAA